UCGCGACUAGCUCGUCGAUCAGGAAAAAUUCGGAUUACUAAAGAGCUUCUGUAUCAAAAUUUUUCGCCCUCAAUAAAUUCACUACGAAAACAAAUUUCAUUCUAACAUUAUGAUUAUUCAAAGACAACUCAAUGCGACACUUUCAUACACCUAACGUAACGCUUUUUUUUAGACUAUUAAAGUUAUAUACAUCAACUCACGUGCUUGAAAAUAAGUCACCUUGGCAUUCAAAAUUAUUUUUUUCGUACGGAACUUCCUUGGACUAAAUUUUUCAAGUUGCGACCAGGCGCGGCUCUCUUGGGAAAACAUUUUCGACCAUUAAACAAUAUUGACGAUUUCCCAGUAAAAAUUUACAAUAAUGGCACGGGUUUUCGCUCAAACACCUGUGAGCAUGAAUUAUGUAAAUCUCUUGCUGCAUCGUCCAUUUGUUAUUUUGCAAAUGCAAUGUAACAAUUACUCCGAUAGUGCCAGAAAUGUUGAUCCCAACAGUCCUAUUGAAGUUUUAAAAAAAAAAGUUGCAAAAGGUGAACUAAUGCAUGAUGAGCAUCAAUCGAAAAUAGUUGAGGAACUGCAGCAAGUUUACCAAAAUAUUCAGGCCUACAAACCAGAAAGAGAAGGUUUUUUAACAAAAUGGAUGGGUGGUAAAAACAAGAAAGCCAAGAAUACACCUCAAGGGCUCUACCUCUAUGGUGCAGUAGGUGGAGGUAAAACAAUGUUGAUGGACCUUUUCUAUAAUUGUUGUCAGGUAGAGAAUAAGAAAAGAGUUCAUUUUCAUUCAUUCAUGUUGGAUGUCCACAGUAGAAUACACGAAGUAAAGAAGGGUGUGGUAAGAGAUUAUAGUACUACAAAGCUACAACCUUUUGAUCCAAUAGCACCAGUAGCUGCAUCAAUUACUAAAAAUACGUGGUUGUUGUGUUUCGAUGAAUUUCAAGUCACAGAUGUUGCAGAUGCCAUGAUACUCAAAAGAUUAUUUAUUGAACUUUUUGAUAGAGGAGUUGUGAUGGUUGCAACAAGUAACAGAAGUCCUGAUGAUUUGUACAAAAAUGGAUUACAAAGAGGAAAUUUUCUACCAUUUAUCCAAGUAUUAAAAGAUCAUUGUAAGAUAACAUCCUUAGAUUCUGGCAUUGAUUAUAGAGCAAAAGGAGUGUUAGGAAAAGAAAAACAUUAUUUUAUCAAGGGAGAAGAAUCUGACAAGGCUAUUGAAAAGAUUUUCAAAUACUUAAGUUCCAUGGAAAAUGACAUUGUUCGUCCUAGAAUUAUUAAUGUAAAAGGCAGAAAUGUUACUUUCGAGAAAACAUGUGGUCAAAUCAUGGAUUCUACAUUUACAGAAUUAUGUGAUAGACCACUUGGAGCAAGCGAUUAUAUUGAAAUUUCACAAGCCUUUCAUACUGUUAUUAUUCGUGAUGUUCCUCAACUUAACUUAAAAACAAAGUCCCAAGCUAGAAGAUUUAUUACACUUAUAGACACAUUAUAUGAUAAUAGAGUGCGAGUUGUAGUUUCAGCUGUAGCUCCAUAUAAUAAGCUAUUUGUACCUGAAGGAGAUGAAGAAUUCACAGAUGAAAAACGUAUGCUAAUGGAUGAUUUAAAAAUAUCUCAUGGAACUGAUGACCAUAAAUCAAAUAUUUUCACUGGUGAAGAAGAACUGUUUGCAUUUGACAGAACUGUAUCCAGAUUGGCAGAAAUGCAAACAGCAGCAUAUUGGGAUCAAUGGGAAUACCACAGAUAAUAGUAGAAUAUUUAGAAUUUUAAAAAUUGACUGGUUCAAAAACUACAAUGUUAUUAAGAGAAUAAUUAUUUUAUCUGUUGAUACAUUUUUAGUUACAAAUGUAGUAUUACUAUUGUGAUACUAAACGAAAACUCAUGUAUUUAGAAAAGUAUGUUGAAUACCGUGAUGUGCUGCGGAUGACUUACAGUAGUUUAGUUAUUUAUUUAUUAUUUAUAUCCAAUGAAAUAUACAUUGUAAAUAUGUACAUGAAGAU